GACGCAGCCCGGCCCUUGUGGGCUGCUCCAGGCUCAGUCCCUCCCGCCGGGAGCCGCCUGGGGUGGCGGCGGCCUGCAGCUGCACCGGUCGUGGAACAGAUGCAAGUAGCAGGGGAGAGGGGUAUUUUUGGUCUGUUUGACAUGUCAAUCAGGGCGAGGAGGAAAAUGGUAACCGCGAGUGAGCGCUGGGCCGAGGAUGCCCUUAGCCGCCCUUAGCUGUCCGCACAAGGCAGUUAUCGGGGCCUCAAGCAAGCUAGGACCGCGCGAAAGGACGCCUGCUGCAGGCGGGGCUGCGACUCCGCGCGGGCAGCCGCGACUGGCGUGCGACUAGCGUGCGACGUUCCGCAGACUGCCGAGCCGACCCUUUAGUGAGUGGGUGGGUUUCCAAGUGCAGCCCGCAGAGGCCAAUGUCCUCCCUCUCUCUUCCACCGUCAUUUGUGAUUACCUUGUUUUUAGAGCAGGGAGUACCCCCCUGGUCCCAUAAUUCAUUUCUCUUUUUUCAGCGUAUAUGAAUCUCAUUCUAAGCAUAUCCAGUUUUCUUUUUGUAAUUUUACUUUUUUAGAGAGAGAGGGAGAGAGAGAGAAACAUUAAUUUUGUUAUUUAUUUAUGCAUUCACUGGUUGCUUCUUGCAGUGCCCUGACUCAGGAUGGAACCCGAAACUUCCAGAAGAUACUCCAACCAACUGAGCUACCCAGCCAGGGCCAGUUUUUCUUUUUAAAGCUUGCCUCAUCUAUCACUUCCUUCCCUAGCUAGCACUCAUGUGGAGCAAACAAGCUGUUCUUGAGCUGCAUGAACUUGAGAGCAGCUAACAUGUUUCAUGAAGUAAUGCCUGGUUUCCCUCAAGGGAUUCAAUUUGACAUUUCUUCUCUUGACAAUCAAGUCUUUUUGGUAAAGCUGUGCACAGGAUUUUGUCAAGGAUGUAAAAGUACGCUUUGUAGUCACACGUUUUAAAGCUGAAAAGGCCCUUACAGGAAAGCCAGUUCAUCCCUCUUGUUUUACAGAUGAGGACACCAGACCUAAAGAGCCAAGUGUGUAGCUUGAUUGAGUCCUGCACCUCUUGAGUAAUUGGACUCAUCAGCUCUGGACACCUUAGUGGUUGUACUCUCUACCACACCAGGAGUGCAGCAGUGCCCAUUUAACCUAUGCACUGUAGAGGCUAUUUGCCAGAGAGCCACAAUGGACACAGCUAGCCAUAGCCUUGUCCUUCUGCAGCAGCUGAACAUGCAACGGGAAUUUGGUUUUCUGUGUGACUGCACAGUUGCUAUCGGAGAUGUUUACUUCAAAGCCCACAGAGCAGUGCUUGCUGCUUUUUCUAACUACUUUAAGAUGAUAUUUAUUCAUCAAACAAGUGAGUGCAUAAAAAUACAACCAACUGACAUCCAACCUGACAUAUUCAGCUAUUUGUUGCACAUCAUGUACACGGGGAAAGGACCCAAACAGAUUGUGGAUCACAGCCGUUUGGAGGAAGGGAUUCGAUUUCUUCACGCUGACUACCUUUCUCACAUUGCAACUGAAAUGAAUCAAGUGUUCUCACCAGAGACUGUGCAGUCCUCAAAUUUGUAUGGCAUUCAAAUCUCAACAACCCACAAAGCAGCUGUCAAGCAAGGGCUGGAGGUCAAAGAAGCUCCUUCCAGUAACAGUGGAAACAGAGCUGCUGUCCAGGGUGAACACCCACAGUUACAACUUUCUCUUGCUAUUGGGCUGGAUGAUGGCACUGCUGACCAGCAGAGGGCCCAUCCUGCCACCAAGGCCUUGGAGGAACACCAGAAGCCCCCUGUGUCCAUCAAGCAGGAAAGAUGUGACCCAGAAUCUGUGAUCCCCCAGAGCCAUUCCUCAUCCUCGUCAGAGAUGACAGGCCCAGCUUUCACCGAAAGUAGUAUCAAAAUUCACUUAUGCCAUUACUGUGGAGAACGUUUUGAUUCCCGUGGUAACCUAAGGCAACAUCUCCAUACCCAUGUGUCUGGAUCCCUGCCAUUUGGUGUCCCUGCUUCCAUUCUGGAAAGUAAUGACCUUGGUGAAGUGCAUCCACUUAAUGAAAACAGCGGCACUCUUGAAUGCCGCAGGCUCAGCUCCUUCAUCGUCAAGGAGAAUGAGCAACAGCCUGACCACGCAAACCGUGGGACCACAGAGCCUCUGCAGAUCAGUCAGGUGUCUUUGAUCUCCAAAGACACAGAGCCAGUAGAAUUAAACUGUAAUUUUUCUUUUUCAAGGAAAAGAAAAAUCAGCUGUACCAUCUGUGGUCAUAAAUUUCUCCGAAAGAGCCAAUUGCUGGAACACAUGUAUUCACACAAAGGUAAAUCUUUCAGACAUAACCGAUGCCAAAGGUUUGGAAAUGUGUUAGCCCAGAGAUUCCAGCCGUGUUGUGAUGGCUGGUCGGAUGUCCCCCUGAAAAGUUCCCGCCUGUCACAGGAGCAGUUAGACUCGUCUUGUGCCUUAGAUUCAGAGCUCACACAAGAAAACGUGGACACUAUCCUGGUUGAGUAGCAGUUUCUCCUUCAGAAUUUUCAUAUCCAUUCUGACAAAUUCAUAUUUUUUUACUCAUAAAUUAUUCUCCUCCUCAAGUUCUACUGACUUCUUUCCUUUACCAUUUAUCCAUAGUUUUAACAUUGUAUUUAUUAGGUCUCCUUAUUGUGAGAUAUUAAUUCAUAGCUAUUAAAAUAAACUUCAGUUAGGGCUGUGAACUUUUCAUAAAUUAAUUCAGAACUUAGAAAUCAGAAAUCAAUGUAAUAAUAUGGGACUUUAGAGUUGAUAGUUGUUUAUAGAAUUUUUAAGUUAAUCCAGGUUGUAGAAUCAGUAAAAUCAAAUUAAUAGGAAGUAAAUGAACUAUUUUUUAAAGAAUAUUUUAGACUAUCACUUUUGACUGAUGUUUUGCAGGAAUAAGCUUGUAUGAGAAUUAUGUAAACAUUUUCUGCCACAUAGGAAAUUAGUAGUUAUUUUAAUGCAUAACUGUAUUAUAAUAUAUUAAGAUUUGUUUUAAACAUAGCUGUACCAAAUCACGAGUAGUUUUAAAAUUAUGUUUAGCUCUGCAACAUCUUACAUAGCAUUUAUUUAUCUUUUGACAUUGUGAGCAUACCUCAUUUUUAAUAAAACAUAUUUUAGUUACAAAGAGAGAAAAGGAGAGGAGUCAGACAUAAACAAUCCUAAAGAGAGUAACCUGAAGAUACGUGCACACAGGUGAGCACACAGGGACACAGGGACACAGAGAUUCGGACGGAUCUGCAGUGACUGGACCCCCCAGUGCUGUCACCUUAACCUAAUGUGUUUUCUAGACAUCUUAAGAACAAUUUCAGGUUCUUUUUUCCUUUUAUGACCGGAAGGUUACAUGGGUUUAAAAGGGAAAAUGUUAAAAUACAUGAUUAUCUUUAUACCCUCAGUGUCAGAGGAUUUCUAGGCUGCCUAAGUUAAAAUUAAUCUUCUAACAAUCAUGUGUAAAAACAAUUUUUCAGUGACAGUUUUCACUUUUUUUGGUCAUAAAACAAGUGGAGUAGAUAGAGUCAAUGUCCUAGAACUCUGUUUGAAAUCUAUGAUAGAUUUUACUCUAUGCAUAAACUUUUAACUCCCUUUUAUAGUGGUGGAACUUAUAAAACUAAAACCCCAGAAGAAUUAAAAUUGAUGCACUCAGUGGUAUAUUCUCCUGCUUUAUGCAGCUGGGAAAGAGCUGAUCAAACCUCAUCACAAAGGAUAGGUCUAAAUUGUUUCUGAAAUGUUUAAGUAUCUAAUACUAGAUAGUCAAGAAUAACAAAAGAGAGGCUUCAAAACAGCCUCAUCUUUUUUGCAUGCCGUCUGUUAAAUACUAAGCCUCACAGACAUUUUAAUAACUAGGAUGAAUUUGGUUUGCAUGGCUUGGAAAAAUGCUUUCAGCUCCUUCAUGACUGCACACUCUGAGGACAUUUCCUGACAACUUCAGAGUUCUCUGACAACAUGAGAGCUCAGUGAGGAGGGAGCUCAAAGAGCGAUCAGCUCAUUCUAAGGGUGCAGAGGGUAGAUCGAGGUUAGCUGAAUUAUGAAGUGGUCAGUGUUUCUUGAGGGUUGGAGGAAGAAAACCAUUGGGCAUUCACUGUCUAAAGCAGUGGCGUUUCCACCUUAGACAAGUGAGUAAAGCCUCCUGGGGUCAAGAUUGAUACGAGCUGAGAGCAAACUCUAGCAAUCGCUGUAGGAUUGAUUGUAUUGGGAAUGGUUAAAAUAAAUGUGUUGCUCUUUGGGGUCAGAAUUUCAUCUAAUCUUAAACCAUUUAAGCAAUUAUUCUAACUGAUACUGCCCUCAAAUAUCUCAUCUCAUAGGAUGAGUGCAAAUAGUAACCUUUAUUUUCAUGUAUUUUAGGCUUUUCAAGAUAUGUGCCCCAGCCAUCUUCAAGUAAAAUUUUACUUUUCUCAUUUUUAUCAUGUCUCUUAAUUUUUCUGACUUUUCUCUAUUCUUUACUCCUUGCUCAGUCUUUGGUGCUUGACACAAGAAGUUUGUAGCUAAAGGGUGUGAUUACGGGUCCAUAAGAGUUGUGGGGUAGGGCAGGGGUCCGGGGCCAGGUCUGGGUAAAUGGUAGGAGUUUGCCUGUGGUUAAUUGGCCAUGACUGAUAACGUUAAUUUAAAGCAGAAAUAUAUCUGCAUUUGUUGGGUGUACAUAAAAUAGUGGUUAACUGUACUUUUAGUCUUGUUUUUAAUAUUAGGAAUUCAAAACAAAUGUUCUUUCCUUAGUCUUCAUGAUAUUCUCUCUGUUUUAGGAAGUGGCAAAAUGUUAACUCCGUUUUAUAUCAGUAUAAAAAAAUCCCCAAAGCUGGGUUCUGGAGACCAGUGAAUAGUGGUGUUAGGGACUGACCUAUUUUAUUUUUUUCCAUUCAUUCAGCAGGCAUAUUUGAAAAAUAACUGUGAUGACUAACACUGUGCCCUAAGUAUAUUUUUUUAAGACAUGAUUUUUUACUAAAUCUACUCUGUAUAAAAAAUGUUCUUUCAGCUUAACUCUUUAGUUUUGACUAAUCAUCUGCUUUUAAAAUGGAGCUAAUUACCUUAGCCAUACAGAAUGGCUUGAAUAAUUAUUACCAAACUCUAAAAACUGGAAGUGCUAUAUGCACCUUAAUUAGUGUAUCAGGCAAAUACUACACAGACAUUUGCCCCUUGGAUUAGCUUGGAACUUGCCCUUCUUUGCGGAUCCUCUACAUAGUUGUUGCCUGGAGAAAAACAGACGAUUUCAGUGUUUGUCUUUAUUAGCAUAUCAGUAUCUGGUAAGUUCAGUCUGCCUUAUAAGAAAACCAAAAUGUCCUGAUCUGUACUUAUCUCUUGAGAUUAUUAUUUCUUGCUCUGAUUUUCUGAUUUCCCAUCUAUAAAGUGGGUAUAAGCAAUCCCUACCUCACAGGGGUGUUGUGAGGAUUUGUAUUAAAACUGUGUUAAGCUUUUAAUGUUAUUGAUAAGAAUCAAUCAUAUAAAGAAAACUAUAUGUAUUCUAUAGCUAAAUCUAUUAACUUCAGUAUUCCAACCCAGAAGCAGUCAUAUACUAUUUAAUACUCAAUGAUUAAUUGAUAAAAUUCUUAUUUUUUACAAAUACUCUAGGAAAAACUGUGUUGACAGAAGUCUCAUUCUACUAUAGUUUAAUCAUUAGACUUUUUCUUUAGACUUCACCAUUAGUUCUUUUGCAUUUUGGGGAAUAAAACCUUGCCAAUUUCAGCUUUACUGAAAGUUCUUCCAAACAUAUUAUUUACACCUAGGAAAAGGAAGAAAAGCAAUGGUAGAAAUGUUUUUAUUUCUUUGAUGUAGGUCAUCUAAAAAGUAGAUGGGGAAAAGAAAUGGAGUGGGGAUUAUAACAUAGUAAUUAAUUAUGUUCUGUUUAAGUAGUAAUGGAAAGGCUUCAUUUAAAACUGAAGGAAAUACAUAUUAAUCAUGGAAAAAGAACCUGAAAAAAUGUGUAAUGUUUAUUUGCACAGGCACGUUCUUGAUGUUGUACCUCAUAUCGUUGAUAAAUAUUGACUUUCUGUAGUGAUUGAGGUAAGAAUAGGCCAAAUGAGAAGUUUUCAUAAUGUAUCUGUGACUUUGUAUGUUUUAAACUAAAUGUAUCUCUAUGGAAUUUUAUUAUAAUUAAUUUGUAAAUUCCUAGAGUGAAAUCUGUAAAUGAUUACUCGCUGCUGUAAUUCUGUGCUUGUGUGGUUGGAUGUUUUGAAAACUGGUGCCAUUACACAGCCUCAAACCUGGACGUCUUAAAUACAAGGAAUCACACACUGUGACUUUUGUCUUCAAGACCUUGAAGAAUCCCUUGUGCUUCUGUAUGUAUCCUUGCUGCACUUGAUGACUUAGUAGAUGUUGCUCCUGUGCAAUAGACACAAACUAUCAUCAACUCUUCUCUUUUGUGCCAAAUAAAAUCAUUUAGUCAGAUUAGAUUACAUAUUGACUUAAAAUACUUUCAAAGAAACUUGGAUUUCAAAAACUUGUACAAUAUAAAAGGCCCACUGAAGAAAUUUUCAAACUACGAGUAACACACAGCAAAAUAUAGGAGACUGAAAUCAAUAAUAUAUUGUAUGGUUAAACUCUUUCACCUAAUGUACUGUGAAUUUGCUUCAGAAACAUUCUUUUAGAGUUUUGUAUGCAAUGAAAAUAGUGGAUUUCAUGUAUUUUAUCAUGACAAAUAAAUUAAUGCAAUUUGACCAUAA